AUGGGUUCCUCGGAAUUCAUUUUCUUCGUUAUCCACCAUUUCGCGGUUGUGGUAGCAGCAGCCUUGGUCAUUAUUUAUCUUGUGCACAAAAGAAAAGCUCCCAUCUACUUACUGGACUUCACUUGUUAUCGGCCACCGGCUUCUUGUCGCGUACCUAUCUCCAUGCACCGCGAACUUGUGUCUCUUGACACCCGAUUUGACCCUGACAGCAUUGCUUUCCAGAUCAAGAUCCUGGAGAGAUCAGGAUUCAGCAGCGAAACAUGUGUUCCUCCAUCUUUCUGUGAACAUCCCAUAAGAAAGUCACUCUCAUUCGCCCUAGAAGAGGCCUCAUUGGUGAUCUUCUCAGUUGUUACCGACCUGUUCAAGAAAACAAACAUUAACCCGAAAUCCAUAGACAUUUUGGUAUUGAAUAGCAGUAUGUUUUCUCCUACGCCCUCUCUCAGUGCAAUGGUGAUAAACAAGUUCAGAAUGAGAAGCAACAUCAGGAGUUUUAAUCUUUCUGGCAUGGGGUGCAGUGCAGGAAUUGUCUCGGUUGGUUUAGCAAGAGACUUGUUGAGAGUUCAUCGCAAUUCCUUGGCACUAAUUGUGAGCACGGAGGUCAUAAAUCUGAAUUGGUACACUGGAAAGAACCGAUCCAUGUUGCUGACAAACUGUCUCUUCCGGAUGGGAGGUGCGGCCAUACUAAUGUCCAGCCAAACCCAAGAUAUGAACAAGGCAAAGUACGUGCUACAACACCUCGUCCGAACAAACAGGGCAGGUGAUGAUCAGUCCUAUGCUUGUGUGUUUCAGGACAUGGACCUGGAAAACAACGUUGGAGUAUCAAUAUCAAAGGGCAUAAUAAAUGUGGCUGGAGAUGCUCUCAAGGCCAAUAUGGCCUCCACUGGACCACUGGUGCUGCCAUUUUCUGAGCAAUUCUUGUAUGGUUUGUCCAUCAUUUGCCGGAAGAUAUGGAGGAGAAGCAUCUACGUUCCAAACUUCAGGCGGGCUUUUGAACAUUUUUGCAUACAUGCAGGCGGAAGAGCUGUGAUCGAGGCAAUGGAGAAAAGCCUGAGAUUGAAGAAAGAGGAUGUUGAGGCCUCUAGCAUGACUCUGUACAGGUUUGGAAACACGUCCUCUUCUUCCAUCUGGUACGAGCUUUCUUACCUGGAAGCCAAAGGGAGGAUGAAAAAGGGAGACAGGGUUUGGCAGAUUGCAUUUGGAAGUGGCUUCAAGUGCAAUAGCGCUAUUUGGAAAUGCAUUCAUGAGGUAGGGGUUGAGCCGAACGUAUGGAGCGACAGGAUACACUCAUAUCCCAUACAUGUGCUCGAUAUUCUCAAAGACGAUUGA